GCUCGUCUCACGCUGCGCCGAGCGCCAGACAAGAGUAUGUGAUCUAUCAGCGAAUCGCUUCCAGCUGGAAUAGACCAGACCAGACUCUGGUGUUGAAGGAGUGACUGGAAGAGGACACACACGCACUGUGCGCGUACGUGUGUGAGUGUGCCUGUGUGCGCAUGAAAGAAAGGUCUGAGCGCAGUGUCGGUAUUAGGAAAAUUUAGUUUUUUUUAUUUCUGCAAAGUGCUUAGUUGCAUUUAAAAUGAUAAACACCGAGAGGACUGCGCUGUCAAGCGGCACUGUAGUGGCGGAGUUCGGCUAGUGCGUGCCCUGCACCUCGGCCGAAGCUCGGGGACAAGGUCGCGCACAAGCCUCACUGGUUUUAUUUCAUGUCACACGGAGCUGGAUUCUCCCUCGCCGGUUGCGCGAGUAGCCUACUCUAAGCAAUAUCCGGAUUUUGCGGCCGAUCAAGCACACCAUUACAGCGAUAAUUUAAUGGACUUCAUAAGAGAACCUCACGGAAAUCAUUGGCGCGUGGCCGGAGAGUUUUUAAUCGGUGACUGACCUCACCAAAUUUAGCUCUGAAUUGUUUCUCUUCUCUGGACAAUGUCAACGUGAAAGUCUGCACCUUCAGCAUGGAUUUUUAACGGACAUCUGAGAUCCCUUGUCCCGGGACAUUCUACCAGGAGGUGGAUUUUUUAAUUGGGCGAAUACUGUCACCGAUAGUAAGCGAAAGACAUUUUAAACUUUUGUUAAGACGGAAUAUAUUGGAGUACGGUUUAAAGGCACCACCAGUUUUGCAAGUUUAUUUAAAAUCGGUAUUAAUGCAUUUGGCACAGAAGGAACUCGUGUGAGUUUUAAAAUCACCGAAAUAUUCUCUUUUGCCUAUGUGGACAAUUAAUUGACAUUUUCGCACCACCACAACUAAAACGGCGAGGAAAUUGUGUUAAUGUUGCACAGUAUCAACUUUUUGUGUAGUGGACGAGUUAAACCGAACUGUAGGGGAGAGGGCAGAGUUCUGCCUCGAAGCCAGACAAGCUGGCUGUCAUGCAGGAUUGGUAGUGGAGAAGUAUGUUUGGACUUGAACAAUUUGGUCCUCAAAUAAAUAGCAGAAACGUCAGAGAGAAAAAUAAUUUGAAGCAGUUAAGAUCAAACAUGAGCGCCCAUUAUAAAAACCCCGGUUUUCACGCGGGAGCUCCGCCGCCCGGUGCGGUGGAACCGGGGAUUGGGCCGCUGAACGAGCCACCUAUGCUCGGGAUGAACAUGAACAUAAACGGGGAGUAUACUGGCGGCGGUUUUCACCCCCGCGGCCAUUCGGAGAUGCACGCUGGCGGUCUUCAACAGCAACAGCAGCAGGCGCCCAUGCACGGGUUUUUCAACAACCAGCAACCUCAUAGUCACGGACACUCUCACGGCCACCAGACCCAUCCCCACCAACACCACCCGCAUUUUGCGGGCGGCUUUGGUGGCCCAGAGCAAGGGUCUUCCUGUUUACAUGGGGGUAGGAUGAUGGGUUACGGUGGUGGCAUGGGGCCCCAGCAGGGCUUUGCGGAGGGCUUCGACCCCCUCUCCGAGGGCCAAGCAGGGGAGGGGUUCCCCCAGCAACAGCAGAGGCCUGGGUCUAUGCCUGACUUCCAGCACCACGGACCCUCCAGUGGAAACCACCCCGUCCCUGCCCCCUGCCUGCCCCUGGACCAGUCACCAAACCGGGCUGCCUCUUUCCACGGCCUGCCCUCCUCCUCCUCCUCCUCCUCUGAGGGCCACGGUCUGGAGCCCAGGCGUUUGCCCCCGCAGGCCGGCGUGGAGGGCCUGGACUACAGCUACCCCAACGAGCCCCCUGCCGGCCACUUUGACGUGUCCGUCUUUUCCCCCUCGGACUCUGAGUCCCAGCUCCCCCACUUCGCCGCCGGCAGACAGGGGGCCGGUUUCCCCGGAAACCCGGCCCUGUCCAGGCCACCGGGGAUGCAGGCCCUCCCCAAGGGCCACCCCCAGGGGCCCCAGCAGCCGCAGCAGCAGCCCCCCGCCCAGCACGGAGGAGGGGGGGUGUUCUUCGAGCGCUUCGGCAACGGCAGGAAGAUGCCCGUGGGCAUGGAGCCUGGCGUGGGGGCCAGGCACCCCCUCCUGCAGCAGCAGCAGGCGGCCGCCUUGCUGGGGCGCCAGGGCUCCCUCCCCCGGCCCCCCCAGCCCGAGCCGGGCGCCCCCAACCCGGGCAUGCAGGACGGCAGUGGCCUCAUGCCCGGCCAGCACAACCAGUUUGAGUACCCCAUCCACAGACUGGAGAACAGGGGCAUGCACCCCUACGGGGACCCCAUGUUCAUGCAGCAGCAGCAGCAGCAGCAGCCUCCACCCCCCCACGGCCAGCCCCCCAACCAGCGGCUGCAACACUUUGACUCUCCGUAUCUGAACGUGGCCAAGCGGCCGCGCUUCGAGUUCCCCGGCGGCGGUCACCACGGCACGGCCGGCGACAGCUGCGGAUCCUGGGGCGCGGGCGGCGGUGGCGGUGGCGGCGGCAUGCACAACCCUCCCGGCAUGGAGAGCCACCUCUCGCCCUCGUCGUACCCGGGCCUCCCGGGGGAGUUCACGCCGCCGGUGACGGACGGCUUCCCGCCGGGGCCUCCCCUCCAGCACCCGGGCCACGAGCAGCAGCAGCAGACCCUGCAGCAACAGCAGCAGCACCGCCAGAACGCCGCCAUGAUGAUCAAGCAGAUGGCGUCGCGCAGCCAGCGCAUGCGGCAGCCCAACCUGCAGCAGAUCGGUCACCACGGCGACGUGGUGCCCCCGGGUCCCAUGGUGCACGGCGGUGGCGGCGGCAUGCCGCAGACGGGCUUCGAGCGCGAGAACGGCGGCGGGCGCAUGGUGAACUUUGACGGCCAGAACCCGCACCUGGCGGCUCAGGAGAGCGCCUGGUUCGCCGGACCGCACCCCGCCCCCAGCGAGAUGAUGGCCCGGCGGAUGGGGGGCCCGGGCGGAGAGCCCGGCGCACACGAGAUGCAGCCCAACGGCGCGGGUAUGAUGUUCCGGCCGGGCGUGAACGGCAUGGGCAUGCCGGACGCCAUGCGGAUGCCUGGCGACGGGCACGUGCAGGGACCCCUGCACUCGCCCAGCCUGCACCCGCAGUUCGCCGGCAACAUGGGCAACCUGGCACAGAUGCAGUCGCCCGGCGGCGGCCUCUCCAACGCGCCCGCCGAGCGCCGUCCGGCCGACUUCUCUGGGCCCCCCAUGGGCGGCCAGUCCGCGUUCCCCUACGGAGGACCCGGUAGGCAGGGUGCGCCGCCGCACGGCAACCCUCAGGGGGUCAGCACCUCCCCAGGGAGCUACUCCUCGCCGCCCGACUUCCCGCCGGGCCAACGCUCGUCGGUCAGCAAGCUGGGUGCGCUCUCGCUGGGCAACUUCAGCAAGUCCAGCAGCAAGGACAGCGUCUUCGGCCAGAGCUGCCUGGCGGCGCUCUCCACCGCCUGCCAGAACAUGAUCGCCAGCCUGGGCGCCCCCAACCUCAACGUGACCUUCAACAAGAAGAACCAGAGCGACGGCAAGCGCAAGCUGAGCCAGACGGAGCAGGACGCGAACAACGGAGGCGGCGGAAACGCGGCCAACGGGAGCACUGGUCAGGAGUACUUCCCCGCCGGCGGUGGCGGCGGCUCUUCGCAGAGCAGCCAGAUGCCCGGCGCCGGGCCUGGAGCGGGCGGCAAGCCCGUCAGUCAAAACCAGACGCCGGUGCAGGGGGAAGCCAGUGCCCUCUCCCCAAACUACAACAUGGACGCUACCCCAUGCAGUGAUGGGAAGGCAGCAACAGGGAGUGGGAGAGGGAGAGGGAGGAGGAAAAGGGACAGUGGCCAUGUGAGCCCUGGCAUGUUUUUCCCCUCUGACAAUGGCAACCCUGUUGUGAGUCCUGGUCAGCCGGCGCCCCCUCCGGCUGGCCUUGGGGAGAGGGGUGGGGGGACACCUCACGAGAAGCCCCUGACCUCGCCCUCCUGGGGCGGGAAAGGGGGCGACCUGAUCCUGGGGGACCAGGCUGACCUCAUGUCGUCGCUGGACAGCGGCAUCCAGAGCGUCUCCAAGUCGGACGGCUGCUCGCCGCACGUGGACUUCCCGGACGACGUGGGCGUGGGCGGCGGCCUGCACUACGGCAACGAGGACGAGGUGUCGUCCAGCUCGGACGCCGCCGGCGCCAAGGCCAGCCGGAGCCCCAUGGUGGGGGGCUCCCCGAAGCUGGUGCGGGGCGACGGCGUGGCACUGAUGGGUGGACAGAAGGGACAGAGCCUGGGCAUGGCUAACCAUACUACCUCGACAUCUGACGGAUACGGACUUGGCACCACCGCCAACGGAGGCAACGCGGGGCCAGGCGGUCACCCCGGAACGCCGGGCAUGGAGCAGGUACGGACGCCCUCCAGCACUUCUGGCCAGGAUGAUGUCCACCCUCUGGAGAUCCUGCAGGCCCAGAUCCAGCUCCAGCGCCAGCAGUUCAGCAUCUCGGAGGACCAGCCUCUGGCCAUGAAGAACGGCGGCAAGAAAGGGGCCGCCGCUGCCGUCGCCGCUGACUGCAGUGGACAGAACGGCGACGUGGAGCUGGCUGGCUGCAGCCCAGAUGCCGGGAAAGGCAACAUGGGCACUAUAGACCUGGACACACUCAUGGCCGAGCAGCACGCCACCUGGUAUGUGCCUGACGACAAGACCCUCAUGGAGGGCUCGGAGGAGGGCAAGGGCUUGACUCCGUGGGAAAAGACAAAAGGCCAGAGCAACAUGAAAGAAGAUGGGGAUGUGUCCCAGAGUAAGUCGGCGGGCGGCGUGGGGGCCCCGGGCCCCGGUGGGGCGGGGAGCCACCUGCAGUGCCUGUCGGUCCACUGCACGGACGAGCUGGGCGAGGCCAAGGGCCGCAACGGGCCCGUCUCCUCCUGGCGCUCGCUGCACUCCGACAUCUCCAACCGCUUCGGCACCUUCGUGGCGGCGCUCACCUGAGGACUGGCCCCCUUCGGCCACGCGCUCUGUCCCUCUCUUACUGCUGACCACAGAGAGUGGAGAGAGAGAGAGAGAGAGAGAGAAGGAAGGAAGGGGGGAUGAAGGGAUGGAGAGGACGGAGAGAGAGGAGGAAGACAGCAGUGAUUGGAGGAGGAGGAGGAUGGAGGAUGUGGAUGAAGAGGAGGAAGAUGAUUGCAAGCUGAUUGUUGCUGUUGCUGUUGAUCGUCGUCUCUCUCUCUCGUCAUCCAUUACCCAGAGAUGGGAAUGCUCAGACAAGGACACACACAUUCACAAGCAUACACACAUCAACACACAGAAGACAUGCACACACACACACACACACACACACACACACACACACACACACCCUCACUUACACAUACACACAUUAACACACACACACACACACACACACACACACAUUCACACCACUGGUGGACAGGACUUUAUGGCAGGGUGCCAAACAGAUGCGUCCACCGUAGGAGAACCUCAAACGUUUUUUUUGUGUGUUUUUUGUUUUAGUUUUUCUUUUGUUUUUCUUUUGUUUUUUGUUUUCAUUUUUGUAGAAAAUGAACAGACAUGAAUGAGGCUUGAGGGAGGAGAGUGGGGGAGGGGGGGGAAAGAGAGGGAAAGACCUCGAAAGAGACGGAGAAGUGAAACAUGAUGUCAGGGCUCUGCCGCACCGGUCCUGGAGGGAAGACCACCAGACAGUCCACUCAUGCCCCCCGACACACUAUCUUCUGGGUAUGAGGGGGGGUCACUAAUCCUAUUGUCAGCCACUGGGGCUCCUUUUGAAAUGUGGGCUCUCCGAGCCACCGUACCUCAACAAGGCUCAGCAGGCGACUACUUUACCAGUUCCUGCUGUGUGGAGGGAGAGAAAGAGAGGCAGAGAGAAAGAAGGAGGAAGGCAGAAAGAGAGAGAAGAGGCAGAGAGAGGCAAAGAAAGAGGGAAGGAGGAAGGGACACACACACACACACAUACACACACACACACACACACACACACACACACACACACACACACAUCCUGACUGCACCUUUAUCAGUUGAUGGGAUUGCCCCCUUCACUCUUCAGUUAUGUCAGAUAAAGACACUUCCUCCUUCUCUCUCUCUCUCUCUCCCUCUCUCCCUCUCUCUCUCUUUCUCUCUCUCUCUCUCUCUCUCGCUCCUUUUCUCUCUUCUGGUGACUGGUAUCGUCAGAUUGCCAGGAGGGAGUUCACAGACCUUCUCACAUCCCACUCUUGAUUGAAUCUGUAACAAAUGGGUGAAAGAUGGAGUGACUAAAAAAACAAGUGAAAGAAAAAGAGUAUUGGUAUUGCACAUGUAAAAUAAGAGAACAUUUGCUGUGUGUUAGGCAAUCUUGUAAUCUUUAAAUAAAGCUUCUGUUGACUUUGAAUCCAUAGAUGGAGGAUGUGACGAUAACUUGCAAAAGCCGCUGCGGUAUCUUCUCUUUUUUUGUUGUUGUUUUGUUUUUCUUUUUUAAAAAAUAAUAUGUAAAGUGCAGUCGUCAGUUUUCCUGCAUAUUGUAUAUAUCUGUAUAUGUUUUAUUGAGUAACUAAAUAACAAUAAAUAUGACGGUAAUGGUGAAUUA